CGCCGGACGCGCACGCUCGCCGCGCUCCGCAUUACAACACCCGCGCCGAGUUCGCGCUAUGCCGCCAUCCCGACAACAAACCUUUGUGUUCGUUUACUUUUUUCAUUUUCGAUGUGUAGGACAUAGCCCGGAAAUGCUUCAGUGAUUUAUACUUAACACAAACAUAGUGCAAUUAACGAAACUUGAUCAUUUUAAUAAUAGGUCAAUAAACUUAACACAUACUGACACUCUUCGUCGACGAUGGUGUCAGAAGGGGCUCUGCCCGUAGUUUGGUGUAUACGAGAUAAUCAACUUGUGCCUCACCAAGUAUCUGGUGUAAAAUUACAAGGAGCUGUCACAGGAGCUCAUAUAGCCGCAGUGACGGACUUUUUACGUAUGGUUGCUGGAACUCCCAUUGUUUUACCGCAUACAGAAAUUCCGGAAGAUAUCGACAAUGAUAUUAAUCAAGAGAAAGAAAAUUCUACAAGACGACGUAAGAUGUCAAUGCAAGUGGAAGUUCCUUGUGUUUUCGUUACAGAAAGCGCUCUACAGAAAGCAAAAAGUCGCAGUAAUUCUUUAGAUGAAAAGGUAUUAUUUAAUAAUUGUAACACACCUUCUACUACCAAAAGUUAUUUAGAAUUAGAUAAAAAGUCGAAGUCAUUAGAAAUGAAGUCAGAAGACUGUAAUCUGGUAGGUGAAAAUGAAUGUAUAAAUGCGUAUACUCAACGUAUAACGAGAAUAAUAGAAUUAGAUGAUAUAAAUCCUAAUGUAAGAAAUAAUGAUGUUGAAAAAGAGCCGUUACAAAGGAUAACUAGAAUAAUUGAGUUCGAAAAUAAUAAAAUACCAUCGCCAGUAUCGAGUACUGAUGUAGAAAAUGAAAUUCCGCAAAGAAUCACGAGAAUAAUAGAAUUGAAUGAAGAUAAUUCCUUCACUACUAUUACUAAUAAUGGAGAUUUAGACAAAGAAUGCCCUCAGCGAUUAAGUAAAAUUAUUGAAUUGGAAAAAAAGAAUUCUUUUCCUAGUAUGACAAAAAUAAUAGAAAUGGAAAACGAAAUAUCGAAUGAAAGAAGAAUUUCUCUUACAAACGAACGAGAAACUGGUGGCGGAAUCAUAGAAAGUUAUACCGAAGAUAUAGUUGUUAGAUCUAAAUUAUCACAAAAAAGUACCCCUAGGAUUAGUAUUGAUUCUUCAUGCUCCGAAAACUCUUAUGUUAAUAUUGAUUGCUUUAAGAGUUUGCAGGAUGUAAGAAAAGAAGAAAUUAUAGAUGGUGGUAUAAGCCCAGAAUUAUCACCGGCUUGUAGAUCUGUACGUUCUAGAUUUCCAAGAAAGAAAACCUCUGUAUGUUCGAUUGGCUCCUCGGACUAUGAUGAGGUAGAUGUUAUUUUUAAAUCUAAACCUAAAUCUAGUCAGUGGUUGAGUCUCGAUUGGAUACCGCCACCGCCCAAAGAAGAGCCAGUGAUAACGCAAGUCUGUGAUAAAAAUGAUUUUAUAACAAAAUGGAUAGCGGAACAAAAUUCUCAAGACUCUGGUAUUGUAGCAGAUGAAAGACGCAAGAGUCUUCCCCCAAAAUCAAACGAAAUAUAUCUUCAAAAUAUGAGAAGAUUUAGUGAUGGAUUACAAAUAUGUAAAGAAGAUGCAGCUAGCGAUUCUCCAGCCACAGUUAAAUGGAAAUGGCAUGAUAUUGUAAAAAGACACCUUCAACUAUUGAAAAAUGAUAAAGGAUUUAGAAGACAAAGAGGAAGUUGGAUGAGAACAGCCCGCCGAUUAUCCGGCACUAACGUAAAUAAUAAGAACAUAGAACUGCCACUUGAAACAUAUAUGAAACUGAACAGUAUGCCAUGGUAUUUCCGCAAAAUAAAGCGAAUUGAGGCAGAGAAGAAGUUACUUCUGCCGGAGAACGAGCACGGCGCUUUCCUUAUCCGUGAUUCGGAAAGUCGCCACAACGACUUCUCGUUAUCCGUGCGAGAUGGCGACACCGUGAAACACUACCGAAUAAGACAACUGGACGAGGGCGGGUUCUUCAUUGCCAGACGUACCACCUUCCGUACACUCCAAGAGCUCGUGGAACACUACAGCAAGGAUGCUGACGGACUGUGCGUUUCGCUCAGUAAGCCCUGUGUGCAGGUGGAAAAACCUGUUACAGAGGGUCUUUCCCAUAGAACACGCGAUCAGUGGGAGAUUGAUCGCUCUUCAUUGAAGUUUGUGAAGAAAUUAGGACACGGACAGUUCGGUGAAGUAUGGGAGGGCCAGUGGAACAAUACUACUCCCGUCGCCAUCAAAACCCUAAAGUCCGGCACCAUGGAUCCCAAGGACUUCCUCGCCGAGGCACAAAUCAUGAAAAAGUUACGACACAACAAACUAAUCCAAUUGUAUGCUGUCUGCACGCUAGAAGAACCUAUUUAUAUCAUCACAGAAUUGAUGAAGAAUGGAUCCUUGCUUGACUAUUUGCAAGGCAAAGGUCGUGGUUUGAAACUGCAACAGUUAAUCGACAUGGCGGCGCAGAUCGCCGCAGGCAUGGCGUAUCUUGAGUCGCAGAAUUACAUCCACCGCGAUUUAGCCGCCAGGAAUGUACUUGUGGCCGAUUCUAAUGUCGUUAAAAUUGCUGAUUUUGGGCUCGCCAGACUUAUAAAGGAGGAUGAAUAUGAAGCGCGAGUGGGCGCACGCUUCCCCAUUAAAUGGACAGCACCCGAAGCCGCGAACUACAGCAAAUUCUCCAUCAAAUCUGAUGUGUGGUCCUUCGGUAUUUUGCUCACCGAGCUCGUCACGUAUGGUCGUAUACCGUAUCCAGGCAUGACAAACGCAGAGGUCCUUCACCAAGUGGAGCAUGGCUACCGCAUGCCGUGCCCGCAGAACUGUCCGGCGGCGCUCUAUGAGAUCAUGCUGGAGUGCUGGCACAAGGACCCGGUGAAGCGGCCAACGUUCGAGACCCUGCAGUGGAAGCUCGAGGACUUCUUCACCAUGGACAACUCGGAGUACAAGGAGGCGUCCGCCUACUGAGCCCGGCCUUCCCUGCCGCCCCACCGACACGCACACUCACAUCAUACGCCAGGUCUGUACCACAUGCCGCCGGAGCUACAAAUGCUGCACAACAGCGCAUCAAUGCAACAUCUCCAGAUGCUCCAGCUGGCGGCUCACCACGCGAGCCUUAACGAGAUGCAAGCGCACCAAGCCGCCCACCACCCAACCGUUGGGCAACAUCAACCGAGCGUUAGCCAGAUGCACCAGCCGAGCAUGCAGCUCCAGCCGAACGCCGCCAUGCAACACCAAGCGGCCGUCGGUCUACAGCAUCCGGUGAGCUUGAGCCAACUACAGCAUCCGGCGAAUAUGAACCAACUGGCGGCGACGAGCAGAUCGCGGCCAUUGUGCCACCACCACGCGGCGCCACGACACGCUCAACUCGCGUACCGUACGCCCUAGCGCCCGCUUCACACAACCCACCAACAGUGGCCAUGGAGCAACACCCUCCCGCGCGAGGAUAUCCGUAAUACAUAGAUAUGUUAAGACCUUCGAUUGAUUCGAAACGAUGCAAUUAGAACGAAGUAGUUUCUACCACUUGUAAUUUCGUUCUGAUAUUUUAUUGUUCUGUUCCAACUAUAAUCGUUCGUCUCAGGUUUUUUUUUUUUUGAGAAGUCUUAAUUAUACGUAAAUUUUAAAUUACCUGUAUUUAACACAUGAUAUACACAGUUUAUUAUUUAUAAUCAUGUAUAUAUUAAAAUAUGUAAAAAGUUAAUUUAUGUUACUUCCCACCCUGCAAGUUAUUUGAGAAAUUGUGUUGACUGCUCUAAUAUUCUAAAGAAUUAUGGAAAUUUUUUUAUGACUAUUAUUGCAAAUUUUAUAUAUAAAUAUAUAUAUAAAAACAGCCAUUUCGGAAUACAUUUUGUGAGAUAUAACUGCAAACGAUGCGAUCAACAAAGAAAUCGCCAACAAACUUAAUGCGUCAUGUUUCUUUCACCUCUAAUAAAACUAUAGCUGUUUAAUUACUUGAAACACUAAAGCUCUCAAAAACCAGUUAUGUAAGUUUACUAAAAAUAUAAAUCUAUUGAAUUAUGCUAAGAAAUACAUACGUCGUGUUUAUCUCAUUGAGGUGGGUAGAAACAAAGAAACACCAAAUGCUUAAAAGAUUUAAUGCUAAAAAUGAUUUAAACAUUUCUUUCUCCGUAAUCAUCAACAAAAAAAUAUUUUCCAUAUAUUACAACAUACUUAAAUAUUUAUUGUCUGAUUUUACUUUUGUAGUAGACAUCAUAAACCAAAGUAGAAUCUCAGUCAAUUUCUUUUUUUUUUUUUGUGAAAUAUUGUAAAAAUAUUAUCAAAAAGCAUAAAAGAACAUUUUAACAUAUAAAGACUACUUUACCUCAUGAGUAUACAACUUUAUAAACAGACAUUAUUUCUCCGCCACUACGCCAACAUGUUGAAUUCGAAAUAUUUAUAAACAAAAAAUUGGUAUUUAAAUCUAAUAAACAUUAUUAACAAAUUAAUAUCGAUUGCACAUAAUAAACUUAAGGGCAUACACUUUGGGAAACUAAAGUUAUCAUUAACUUCUCAAAGCGUGGUAACGUAGCAAUUAUCAAAAACGAUUUUACAAUUUUCAUAGUUCCCAAGUUCUCAGCUACUGUAUCAUGCAAAUAAUAUUCUUAUUAAGUUGUCACUGAAAAUUUAAAUCGUCAUGGCAAAAAUGUAUUUAAAAAUAUUUCUUAGCAAAAUAUGAAGUAGGUGCAAAGUUUUCAGUGCUACAUUUACCAUAUAUGUAACGUAUUCUAUAAUUGCGACGUUUGCACACUUCGGUAAACUAAAGUAAUGAACGCUCUUAACGUAAAAACAUUUGCCCUAAAUAGUCCAUUAAGAUACACUGCAUAUUGUUUUUAUAUUGUAAAACACGAUUCGGCAUAAUUACUUGUCACGUUAUAAUUGAAAAACAAAAUGUAUUGAAUUUUCCAAUAUCGUCAUCUUACACGAUUUGACAUUAUCGUUGAUGAAAAAUUUAAAGCGAUUGGAUUUGCAUAUAUAUUUUGCUUACUUGCUUGUCGUGACGGUAAUAUGCCGUAUCGUGCUACGAUAAAUUAUAAAAGCUCCAGAUUGCUAGAAUUUAAUACUAGGUCGUGACCCAUAAUUGUGUGUGUGUAUGUAGCUGUAUGUGCGAGAGUGAGAAAAUGUUAUAAUUACACCACACAUAUGCGUGAAAUUAGAGCCAAGUCUUCUCUUAUAAUUGAUGUUUAUUCCAAAAUAUUCCAUUUUAUCAAAUGAAAUGACUAUUUUCCAACUAAAGAAGAAACGAGAUUUAAAAGGGGUUUACAACUCGCAAUUUAGUAUAAUAUAUUCAAUUGAAAAUAAGUUUAGUUAGACUGGUUAUGAAUUUUCUGAAUGUAAUUCUAAUAUACGUAGGUUAACACUGCAGUUUUUAAAGUAAUAAUAAAAGUUUUAAAAACGUGUUACUACUAGAUAAUUCGUAAGGAGAUUCAUAAACUAGGUAAACUCUGCCACUUGUGGAUGUGGACAUUCCUACUUUUGUUAUAGACAUUUUAAAGGUCGGCAAUAUAACUAAUAUACCUGUAAAUAUUGCCAUAUAUUUAACAGUAAUUUUGGACUAAACUAGCCGGUUAGCCCAAAAUCUUGAAACCAAGUUGGCAACAUUAAAAUAUAUACUCAGAUUCGUUCAAUACAAUUCAAGUACGGCAGGUCUACUCCAGAAUCUAAUAUCAAUAUCAAUCCAAUCUAUUGCCAAUGAUAAUUUUAUAACACAUUCAUGAAACAACAGGAAUUAGGUUAUAAUUGGGAUCGGUUUACAAUAAUUUGCAUUGGCAAGUUACACUAAUAUGUAUCUAUCAGAACAUUAUAGAACUAUUAUGUCGCCAGUAUUGCGAUUCAAGAGUGCGAAGCGUCUCAAUUUCAAUGUAAAUUUAUUGAAAUGUAUUUCAACAGUAACCCUACAGAUCAUCUUGUACCAUACGCGUUAGUGUUCAUGCAGUAGCAACGUCUGUAUUAUCAGUAAUUUUUAAUUUGUUAUCGAAAUAGUGGAUUUCUAUUAAAGGUAAUGUAAAUGUUACCAAUUCUGCGGUUUUGACCCCACCUACACAGAAAAACAAUUGCAAUCGCUGAUAUUGGCUUACUAAAACUAAUUUUUUUUUUAUUCUAUUAAUAAUUAUAAAUAGUUUCAAACCAAUCAGAAGUAUACUUCUUAUAAUAACCGGUCAAUAUUUAAAAAAGGACAACUUCUGUGACCACAUGCACUGUAUUCACUGUAGUAGACUGUGUUAUCCGUUACCAAUAAAAACAAAUAUUUUGACUUUUCCGACUUUGUAACAAAUUCUAAGUAGUAGAUAAGAGGCUAUGUUACUACUAAACAAGACAUCGGUUUCGUGUUUAAAUAAGCAAAUCGGUAUGUGUGCGAUGCCGAGGCGUGGAGAUAUGCGCGGGUGUGCGUGUGUGCUCGGCCGCUGUGGCGAGUGUGACGACCGUGGCAACGUAACGGGGUGUACGCGUGCGCAGCGCGUGUGUAUGCGUGACAAGGAGGAAAUUUAGGUUCGGCAGGGAAUCUAAUCGUGCAAACAGCGCGAUUUUGUAUGUGUUUAAGUUUUAAAAGGCGCAUAAUCGAUUAGGUAUUUCACCUUCGUAUACCAUGUUUAAAGUAGACUAUCGAUAUUGGUGAUAGAUGCCAAAUAAUCCUAAUAAAGAACUGAAUUUUAUAUACAUAUUAAUUGUUCUGAGGGUAUUUAGAUAUUAGGACUUUAUUUAUGUAAUUAACGCAAUUGAAUUUCUCUAUACUACACUUAUAUUAUCGAAUGCGAGUCAUUUAUUUAUUUAGUAAUGAUAUUAUUUAAAUUUUUAUCUCUAUGCAGUUUCCUAACAGAUAAAUGACUUCGUGCUCAACAAUAUAAAUUUUAUGUUUGGUAUUGUAUUGUAUAGUGAUACAAAUUCAAAACUUAUCGUUUUAUUUGUGCCAAGACUUUUAGUUUAAGUAAAAGUUAGACGUCACGUAAAAUCUGAUCAUUGAAACUAUAAGGUGUAUCCACUUACAAUUAAGAUAUAAAUUGGCCUAAGUAAAUAAGUAUUUUUGAAUGUGUAGGUUUUGUAUCCUAACAUUUUAGAACUAACUUAAUAUAUUUAUAUUCAUUGAUCGUCAAUAAAGAAGCAUAUUCGUUAUACAGAACUACGCACUUGUAGGCGUUGUAUCGACAUAUAUUGUGCAAUAUUAUGCUAAAAUCCGGUGCUUAAAAUAUAAUUUGACUAGAGUUGAUAUAACUCGUUCAAUUUAUUUACAUCCUCAGAACAUUUAAACGAGUAGUUAUUGAUGUAAGCUUGAAAUGUUAAUUGAAUUUAAUAAAUAUAAUUUCUACCAAUACUAUAUAUGAAUAACGAAUUCAAAGUUUGUCUUGUAAAUUGUACUUCCCGCUAUCACUGUAUAUACUACCGAUAUUGGAUCAAGUUGUUAUGAGUGAUAUUAGAACUGGUUGGUAUUAGUUGUAUACAUGUACUCUACAGGUCAAAGUGCACUGAAACUAUCAUUCCAAUUGGAUCAUCGCAAUAUAUAAAUUUUGACAAAUAGAAAACUAUCUAGAUGAUAUUACGAAAGUGAGAAUGAUAAUACAAAUACAAAAUGCAACUAACUCGCACAAAUUAUGUACUAUAAACCCACUCAUAAGGUGCCUAAGUAUUUGCAUUUUUAUGUCACAAAAUAAACCAGUUUAUAAUUGAGUAGUGACAAAAUUAAUGAGAGAAAAUUUUAACUAAAGAUACUUCCAUUAAAAUAAUGGAAAUAUGUCUUUAGUUAAACUUUGUUUCUCCCUCACAAAUCUUGAAAUCUGCUCAAUGUAUGAACUGUUUUCUCAUGCACUGUGGAUAACGCACUUUAUUUAUAAAAAAAAAAUACAUUUAGACAGGACAUCUCCUUACAAAAUAUGAUUUAAGGCGUCAGACUUACGUAUGCAGGAUUAAAAACAGGUGUUGCAUCUUUAAUGAUUCCAACUCAAUAUUGUUUAUGUUACUGUAUUGUUCUUACUCUAUAAUUUAUUGUACUUUAAAUUUCCUUUAAGAAUUAGCUGUAUAAUAUGCUUUUAGGCUUUAUGCUUUAUUGAAAUAGCUUAGUUCGCUGUCUAUGUUUUAUGGCAAUAUUAUAAUUAUUAUUCUUCAUAUUUUAUGAUUAGUUAGCCAAAUUUCAAUUACUUUUCUAAUAAGGCCAUCACAAUAAAGAUCAAUAAGAUGCGUAGGCUAAGAUGAGGACAUGAAUGUUAGAUACUUUUAACUAGAAUUAUUUAGUAAUUGUCGCUGUAUUGAUUGACAUUUAUACGUACAGUUCUGUACAGCUGUAGCAAAUAUGUGUCGGUAAAUGUAGGGUAAUGUCAAAUUCGAGUGCGACUGAUGUUAGUUGAUACUGUUUGCGACGUGAACUAAGGUCUUAUUACCUCCGAGUAUCAAUUAAAUCUAUUUUAAGUUUUCUCAUGGCCCGGUAUUACACUUUCAUAAUAUAUGAUUAUAUAAAUUAAUCACGUCGCAGCACAUAAUACCGAUAUCUCUUUUUGAUCUCUGGAUAUAUUUGUCUACCUAUAAAUUAGAAAUAUGGCAGUGUAAUACCAGCGUUACUUAUUAUUAUUCUACAAUUAUUAUAUUUCACUUAUUUGUAAAGAUUUUUUUAACACAACAAUAAAUAUAAAUGUGAAAUA